UGACCACCUACGCGCCGGAAAGUUGUAGUCUGCGAGUCGGUCUGUCAAAGUUCAAGGCGGAGCGUUGAAAAGGGGGCCCAAAGGAGGUGGCGCGCGCGCGCGCGAGGCCUAAGCGAGAUCACGGGGUCACGAGGCGGCCGCUCCAUGGAGCAACGAUUAGCAGCGUUUCGGGCCUCCCGGAAGCGAGCUGAGCUAGAGGGAGGACCCAGCAGCUCGGGGAGGAGCGGAAAACCGGCAGAGGACGUGGCGGCGGCUACCCCUACGUCGUCUCAGGCACAGAGGUCUCCGGGUGGUAGAGCUAAGGAAACAUCUCAGAUUCAAGGAAGUCCACUACAGAAUCCACCAGCUACUUCUCCACGAUGGGACCGAUCCUUCCUCACUAAUGUUACAUUCUUGAAGGUGGCUCUUUGGUUGGUCUUACUGGGACUGUUUGUAGAACUGGAGUUUGGCCUGGUUUAUUUUGUUCUGUCCUUGUUUUAUUGGAUGUAUGUUGGCACCCGUGGCCCUGGAGAAAAGAAGAAAGGAGAAAAAAGUGCUUACUCUGUGUUCAACCCUGGUUGUGAAUCCAUCCAGGGAACUCUGACUGUAGAACAGUUUGAGCGAGAAUUACAGUUUCAUCCCCUGGCUGAGACAUAGUCCUUGUUCUCCUGAGUUUUCUGCCACUUCGGUGUUCUUGGACUACCUGGUUCCCCUGGACCCAGGCUGGAACUAAUAUGCAGAUACACUAGGGACAGUCUUUUGUCCCAAAUGUCAACUUUUUGUUCUCUGAACUCUGUUCUCUUAUCCAUCCAUCAACUCCUCCUUUCCCAUGUCUACUGCUGUAGUGCCAGUGUCUUUGUUUGCAUUUCCAUCUUUAAAUUUUCUUUUGUUUUUUUCUGAGUCACUAAAAUCCAAUAUUGCAAUUGAUCUGAUGUCAUUUCAAAAAUUACAUCUUCAAUAAAGACUUCUUCAUUCUAAUAUUUACUCAGCUCAAUUUUAGAGGGAUGGGAAGGGUGUUGCAUUUGGAAAGUAUUUAACUAAUUUGAAGUAAUGAUUCAUUCUUUCACAUGAAGUGUUACGUAUUAAAAAUCUUAACAGUCUGACAAUAAAUUCACAUUUUCAGCACUGUGAGAAUCCUGAGCAUCUUUUAAAUAUUUCAUCCUCAAAAUGAAGGGGAAAAUUGCAUAUUGCAUUUCUAUUACUAAUGGUAUUGAAUAUCACAGAAUGUUACAGAUGGAUGGGACCUAAGGAAUUGUCUAGACUAAUGGUUCUCAAAGUUUGGGGGCUUUUACUGUCCUAAAAAUGAUUGGGGACCCUCCAAAGAACUUUUGUUUAUGUGGAUUGUAUCUUCAAUAUUUCCCAUGUUAGAAAUUAAAACGUCGGGGCAGCUAGGUGGUGCAGUGGAUAGAGCACUGGCUCUGGAUUCAGGAGUACCUGAUUUCAAAUCCGACCUCAGGCACUUAACACUUACUAGCUGCCUCACUAAAAAAAAAAAGAAAAGAAAUUAAAAUGUCUUAGUAUUAUUCAGAAAAUAGUUUUGAUCUCAAAGACCCCCUGAAAGAUUCUCAUAUCAUACUUCGAGAGCCUCAGGUCUAGCUAAACUCUUUAUUUUAUAAAUAGGGAAACCGAGGCCCAGAGAGGGGAAGUGAUUUCUUCAGGGUCAUAAAUAGAGGCAGAAACUAGAUCUUCUGAUUUUAAAACCAGUGUUCUUUCUGCUAUGACACACUCUAUUACAUCAUGGCCAAGUCACAUCCCCAUCCAUGCAUCAAUUUUCAUAUAUUGUAAAACGAAGGAAAUAGCUGGUCUCUUUAGCAAUUACCUGCCAUCUCCAGCACAGGUGUCCUCCACCUGUAACUAUUUUUCCUCUUUCCUUCUGUUCUUCCCAUAUCGCUUGGGGAAAGGAGGAAGAGAAGAGAGAAAAGUGCUGGUGGCAUGUGGUGGGGAGGAAUGGAAGCAUGUCAAUAUUGGUAAAUUUUAUAAAGGGUUAUUAAAUUGUAGUGUGUAUACAGAGGGUAGCCCUGGAAGCAGCAUUCCACACUCACUGGACAUAUGGCCUAAGGGACUAUGAUCUAGGCUUCCUGGGCCAGUCCUGGUUUGCUGUAAUCUUUGGAAUAAACAGUCACUUCAUCUCUUUGCUUUAUAAUACCAGUAAUAUUUUCUUUCUUGAUGGAGACAGUAAUAUCUUCUUUCAUGAUGCCACCUUUUUGGCAAUAUUAGUUUAAAUAUUGUCACAAUCCAGUCUUGGCAUAUGGGAUUCCUACUAAGUAAAAAGUUUAAAACAAUUCCUUCCUUUGGGUCACAUUUACAAUACAAGGACUCUGCCUAUUUAUUAUCAGUUGUUUCCCAUUCAGAUAAGGGUGUUGGAUUAUAUGUCUUCUAAAUCUAAUUCUUAUGCUCUUAAUACAAAAUUUGACAUUUUUUUCAAACCAAAGACUCAAGAAAUUAAAGAUGCCUUCAAUUUUUAGGUCCAGUAACUAACAUACUUUAAUACUUAAAGGAUACUUGAUUUUAGUCAUGUGGGAAUUCCCUCUGCCAAUGUAAAUCACAACUUUUCUACACCUUAAUACUUGAUUUGAGAAGCUAUGGACAAAAAAAAAAGGUCAUCUGGUGACCAGCUCUAAAUUGAUAAGCCUCUUCAGAUUUAGAUGGGUCCUCAGAUGACACACUUUUGGUUCAUUAUUGGCACUUAAACAUGAAACCCUUGGGGUACAGUAAGCUCUAAUGUACCUUGUGGGCAGCUGGGAUAGCCUUUAAGGACCCAUGGUCACUCUCAUGGUAUGAUGAGCCAUUGGAAUAUGACUUUAGUGGGGGCCCUUAACCCAUACAGGAUGUAAAAAGACUUUCAAUUGAAAUGUUAUUAUGUAACACGUCAGUUGUAAAUUUUCCCCCUUAUUGCUGCAACAAAGUCUCAGCCCACUUGCUUAUUAAGGAAAGCAUUUUUCCAGUUGACUGCAUUUUCAGGAGAAUAACUUGAAGUCCUUCAUUGCAAAACUUGUUGAAAAUUAUUUGUGGGGCAGCUAGGUGGCACAGUGGAUAAAGCACUGGCCCUGGAUUCAGGAGGACCUGAGUUCAAAUGUGACCUCAGACAAUUGACAAAUACUAGCUGUGUGACCCUGGGCAAGUCAUUUUAACCCUCAUUACCCUGUCCCCUAAAAAAAUCUUUUGUAAAAUUAAUUAGAACUCUUUAAUUAGCCUCUUAAAGUAGGGAAUGGUGAACACAAUUGAAUCUCAGCUCUUAGUUUACUCUGAUAAAAUGAGGGAAUGGUAAAAGACCUCUAGCUUAACUUUGUAGUCUUCCAAGAUAACCUUCUAGUUUAAAAAAAAGCGUUGAAUUAAAAGAAUAAUGCUCAACACCAGAGAUAUAAAAGAUAUAUGAAAUAAAGAGAAAUAUGAGGUAACUCUAAGAAGUUUGUGUUUUAAAAAAUAA